GAGUUGUUUCUGAUCAAAAGGAAAAUCAAGGGACCAUCUUGGUUGUCAAUUACGAAAUUUGUGAGCUGUCCAAAUACUCAGCGGGUCAGCUGGUGUAAAUUUGAGAUCACUGUCAAUUGUCCCAAGGACAUAUCUGUUUCUACUUCAAAGAUUUUGCUAGAAAUUCCUCCAGUGAUUGUUGCAGCAAUAAAUUUGAAAACAAUUAUCAAUGAAAAGCAUAACACUAAUGAGAUAGUGUCAGCCUCUGUCAUCUGCUGUCACAAGGCAAAAAUUGAUGGUCCUAUGCUGGCAUCAGAAUGGAAGAGAAGGGGUGCACUUAGCCAUUUUACUGUUGUCCGGAAACUUGAUGGAGGUAUAUUUCCAAUGGGUCUCACAAAGGAAGUUUCUGAAAGAAAUUCAAAAGCUGGUGCAACUGUUUUGGCACUGGAAAGCAGUGAAAGAGCCUUGUUAAAUCGUUUGAUGAUUGAACUGAACAAAUUGGACGGUGAUAUUCUUGUUGGGCACAAUAUUUCAGGCUUUGACCUUGAUGUGCUUCUCCACCGAGCUCAGGCUAGUAAGGUGCCAAGUAGCAUGUGGUCCAAGAUUGGUCGCCUUAAACGUUCUGUGAUGCCAAAGCUCACCAAAGGAAAUGUUCUAUAUGGAUCUGGUGCUAGUCCUGGAAUCAUGUCCUGCAUUGCAGGUCGUCUCCUAUGUGAUACCUAUCUGUGCUCACGCGAUCUUUUGAAGGAGGUAAGUUAUUCUCUGACCCAACUUGCGAAAACACAACUCAAAAAAGACAGAAAGGAGAUUUCUCCGCAUGAUAUUCCUGCCAUGUUCCAAACAUCAGGAGCGCUUCUUGAACUGGUUGAAUAUGGUGAGACUGAUGCCUGGCUAUCUCUGGAACUUAUGUUCCAUUUGAGCGUUCUUCCUCUUACUCGGCAGUUAACUAAUAUCAGUGGCAAUCUUUGGGGCAAAACUCUUCAGGGUGCUAGAGCACAGAGGGUGGAGUACCUUCUGUUGCAUUCUUUUCAUGCAAAGAAGUACAUCGUGCCAGACAAGAUUUCUGCACGCAAUAAAGAAUCAAGCACUACAAAGAGAAAACUAAAUGCUGGUAUAGAUGGUGAGGAUGCUGAUGACUUAAAUGUGAAUGAUGUUUCUCUGGACAAUGGUGCACUGCAUAUUGAUCAAGGAAAAGGCAAAAAAGGUCCUGCCUACUCUGGUGGCUUGGUUUUGGAACCUAAAAAGGGCUUAUAUGACAAGUAUAUAUUACUCCUGGACUUUAACAGUCUUUAUCCUUCAAUUAUUCAGGAAUACAACAUUUGCUUCACUACAGUUGAACGAUCUCCUGAUGGUCAAAUUCCUAGUCUACCAUCUUCAAAAACUACUGGAGUUUUACCUGAGUUAUUGAGAAAUUUGGUUGAGAGAAGAAGAAUGGUUAAGUCAUGGCUCAAGACUGCUUCUGGUCUCAAAGUUCAGCAACUUGAUAUUCAACAGCAGGCAUUGAAGCUUACUGCCAACAGCAUGUAUGGAUGCUUGGGCUUUUCAAAUUCCAGAUUCUAUGCGAAACCACUUGCUGAGCUGAUAACACUCCAAGGAAGGGAAAUCUUGCAAAGUACUGUUGAUCUAGUUCAGAACAACUUGAACUUGGAGGUAAUUUAUGGGGAUACAGAUUCUAUAAUGAUCUAUAGUGGAUUAGACGACAUUGCUAAGGCAAAAGCUAUUGCUGGGAAGGUCAUGCAAGAGGUCAACAAAAAAUAUCGCUAUCUGGAGAUUGAUCUCGAUGGUCUGUACAAGAGAAUGCUGCUUCUUAAAAAGAAAAAAUAUGCUGCUGUGAAAGUGCUGUUUAAGGAUGGGACACCAUAUGAGGUCAUUGAACGCAAGGGUCUUGACAUGGUACGGCGUGACUGGAGUUUAUUAUCAAAGGAAAUAGGGGAUUUCUGCCUCAGCCAGAUUUUAUCUGGAGGGACAUGUGAAGAUGUUGUCGAGUCGAUUCAUAGUUCUCUUAUGGAGGUGCAGGAGGAGAUGAGGAAUGGUGCAAUAGAACUAGAAAAAUAUGUUAUCACAAAGAGUUUGACAAAGCCACCAGAAGACUAUCCAGAUGCUAAAAACCAACCUCAUGUGCAGGUGGCUCUAAGGUUGAAGCAAAAUGGUUACUCAGGCUGUUCUGCUGGUGAUACAGUUCCUUAUAUAAUUUGCUGCCAGCAGGGUACCAGUUCUGGUCCGUCAUCAGGAAUAGCUCAAAGGGCUAGGCAUCCUGAGGAGCUGAAAAGGGACAGUGGCGAAUGGAUGAUAGACAUCGAUUAUUACUUGUCACAACAGAUUCAUCCUGUGGUAUCACGUCUGUGUGCUUCCAUUCAGGGCACUAGCCCAGCACGUUUAGCUGAGUGUUUAGGGCUUGAUUCAUCUAAGUUCCAAUUCAAAACUGCCGAUUCUGUUGGCCAAGAUCCUUCUACUGUGCUUUUAUCAGUAAUAGAUGAUGAUGAAAGGUAUCGUGGCUGUGAGCCCCUGCAGCUAUCAUGCCCUAGCUGCUCUAGUACUUUUGAGUGCCCCCCUGUGUCCAGCCUACUUUCUACUUCGAGCAGUGGAAACUCAUUGGAUUCACAAACAGAAAAAGAACCUGAUUGUAACUUCUGGCGCAGAAUGCACUGCCCAAGAUGCCCGGAUGAUGUUGAUGGAAGCAGAAUAUCUCCUGCCAUGUUAGCAAACCAGGUGAAAAGGCAGGCUGACAAUUUCAUCUCCUUGUACUACAAAGGCUUAAUGAUGUGUGAUGAUGAGAUGUGCAAGUAUACCACUUGCAGUCUCAAUCUUCGGGUGUUUGGUGAUUCCGAGAGAGGAACAGUCUGUCCGAACUACCCGCGCUGUAAUGGCCACCUCAUAAGACAGUACACAGAGGCAGAUCUAUACAGGCAGCUUUCAUAUUUCUGUCACAUGUUGGAUGCAACACGGUGUCUUGAGAAGUUGGACCAAAAGGCUAGAUUGCCUUUUGAGAAAGAUUUUGCAGCAAUCCAUCCAGCCAUUAGUUUGGCAACAUCUGUGAUACGGAAUAUCAGAGACCGAUGUGCCUUUGGGUGGGUGCAGCUGAAGGAUCUAACCGUCUCAGUCUGAUAGCUGGAGAAUAUCAAAUUCUAUGCUACUCUGUGGUGCUCAAAUGGGUGGAGGAGAAAUGUCAGCUCUCUCUAAGAAAGCUUUCACAUGCUUGAUAUGCUUGUGUUGGCCAAUAAUCAGAGAAAUAUAAAUAUAUAAUGGGCUCAGUCAGUUUCUUCACAACCUGUGUACACAAGUUGCUUCCACUUCCAUGCUUGGAUCAUCAUCGACAGAACAGAGGUGUUUCCCCCUGGUAUAAUAUCAGAUGUGAUUUCUUAAACAAGUGAAAAAAAUGAAGCUAAAGAAGUCCUUUGCAGCCAUGUAUGACAUCAUUUAUAACGUUUGUAUACAUGAAUAAAUGAAAUGUUAUCUUGUUCAUCCUUCUA